CAAGGUUUCCCCGCCGCAGACUACUCCUCAGCGUUUAAGGCCCGGCGCUCAGAGAGGGUCUGCCCAAGAUUCAUGGCUGGCGCUCCUGCUGUCUUCAUCUCAGUGUCCUGGGAGAACUGGACUCCACCUGUGGUGGGACCUUUGGCCUGCACAGUAUCCUUCUCACUUCAGCCUGAAAACAGGGUCUUGCCGAGUCACGGAGGAUGCAGUUAAUGAGAGCAGGCAGUGGCUCACACUGGAAAAUCAGCCAAGGGGCCGAGGGAUGAGCUGGGGCCCGCCUUCCCAAUGGCAUCUCCCCCCGGCCUGGAACUGAAGACACUGAGCAAUGGUCCCCAAGCGCCAAGGAGACCAGCGCCUCUGGGCCCCGUCGCCCCACCCAGGGAGGGCGUGGAGAACGCCUGCUUCUCCCUGGAGGAGCAUGAGACCCAUUUCCAGACCCCUGUGGACGCCAGACUGGGCAGCUCCUCCAGCCCUCCUGGGGGUGUCCCCUCGUGGUCCCGAUCCCAGCGGGAUGACUUAUCCCUGCGCUCAGAAGAAGGGCCAGGCCUGGAACCUGUGAGCCGCCCGGUGGACUAUGGCUUCGUUUCUGCUCUGGUUUUCCUGGUGAGUGGGAUCCUUCUGGUGGUGACAGCAUACGCCAUCCCCCGAGAGGCCCGCGUCAACCCAGACACGGUGACAGCUCGGGAAAUGGAGCGGCUGGAGAUGUACUACGCCCGCCUGGGGUCCCACCUGGACAAGUGCAUCAUCGCGGGCCUGGGCCUGCUCACAGUGGGCGGCAUGCUCUUAUCGGUGCUGCUUAUGGUGUCCCUGUGCAAGGGGGAGCUGUACCGCCGGCCCACCUUCGUCUCCGGCAGGGGCUCCCGGAAGACCUACGGUUCCAUUAACCUGCGCAUGAGACAGCUCAAUGGGGAGGCCCUGGUGGAGAACGAAGUGGUCCAGGUCUCAGAGACCAGCCACACCCUCCAGGGGUCUUAACUAAGAGCCCCCGAUCUGCUUUAUCUCCAGGGCCAUGAGGCCCCAGAGGGCCUGGGGCUUCAGACUGAGCUCACAGAGGGUCCCGUGGAAGGAGUCUUGGGUGCUGGAGGGGAGCCCAGGGCCUGGCUAGGCUCCACUUGGGAGAGUGGUGCCCCAGUCUGUUUUGUAGUUUGAGGUUUUGCCUAAGGUUCUGCUUGGUGGAUGGAUUCUGCUGCUAC